CUCCGCUGUUAUCUACAUUUAGCGAAUUUGUGGAAAUCUUUUUGAUAGGACUCGCACCCGAGUAGAAUAGGAUGGGUAUCCAUAUUUUCAGGCUGAAGUUUUGACCUAUUUUGCUCAAGUCUAAAUGAAAAUUUUGUUAUAAUGUUCUUCUUACAAUACACUUGUCAUUUUUUAACUGACGUCUAUCACUUGGUUGAUUUAUUUGGAGAGGAGCUCUUUUGAUGACAGGAUGUUAGGAUAUUUGAUUCGGGCCCGAGCUCACUUGUACCUCCACCCACCUGUUGGUUUCGGUUUUAUCAUGUCCCUGAUAUCUGCAUACAUGUAUCUCUUGCUAAUAUGAGAAAUCCAAGUUCAAAAUAACGCUCAUUAUUAAGACUAUGUUCAAGAACUUAAUUGUGUAUAAACUUCGUGUUUUUGCUUGAUCUUGGUGCAGUUAAGGCUGCAGAUUGAUUCUUUCGGACGCUUUUUAGGCGCACCUGUGAGGCUGCUUUAUAAAUUACCGUCCCUAAGUACACAAAUUUGAGGUCUAAAUGAAUCCGACCUGGUUUGUUUUGGCAUUCUGUCCAAAACAGGCCACCGAAAGAAUUUAACUGGAAAUAAACAAUACUACAAUUGCCGUUCCAAGCCAUCUGCCCAAUGCCAAAUUGAUUUUAUUGGGACUGCUUCAAAAUGUCUGCCCUUCGGUUAAGAUGUUUUUGUUCAAAGGCUAAAUUGCCUUGUGCUUACCACUUGAAUCUGUUUGUGUUAGGGCCCGCGAACAUAAUAUAGAGGAGCUAAUUUGGCUUCUAAGCUUUAAUGUGAACCCUGAAAUUGAAGUUGAUUUAUACCCGAAAGGCAAGGCACACUUGCGGUAUUUCAGGUUGUUUUUCCUACGAUUAUCCGACCAACCAAAUAACUAUCUCAGAUCAUUCGCUUUUGAACCAAUUCCCACUGCAUAUUAGCAAGUAUAAGCAACACAGCGAAGUAUCGAUUACUGUAAGGAUUGGCAUGAAAUCUGAGAAAAUUGUGUGGAGCUUGAUUGAGUGGAAUAUCUUUGGCGACCCUUUUUGAAAAAGGGUCUUUUGCGUUAUCCGGCCCUAAACUACCAAACUAUUGUAUGAGCUUCUGUUGUUAUUGAAAAUCUAGAUUUCAAUUUGCAGAAAAUAAUUUUAACCAAUGAAAAUCGAGCAUUAUGAUUUAAUUUUGAGAUCAUCAAAAAAAAUCAAAUGUGGACCGUAUAACAGAAAAGUUCCUGAAAAAAAAAUACCAUGAAAAAUCGAAUUUAUUUACCCAAAUUUCAAAAACUACCAUAUGCUAAAAAAAAAACGCGGUGCGAAUUUCGGCUCAAGUAAAAGAUUUGACGUCCUCCCAUUGUUGUACAUACCAACACAAUUUUGUCCUUAAAAAUGUUUGUACUGCGUUGCCCUUGUUUUUAUUUUACUGGCCCUACUUUGGUUGCACAUGUUAAUUAUGGAAGAUGAAUGGAUGAUGUUGAAAAAUAGGGAAUUUUUGAAUAAUUUGGGGAUCUCAUUAAGUAGUCUCCUUCCCCUUCGCAAUUUGUUGGUUAAGCGAGCAUGUCAAAACGGAGGUCUGGUAUUGGCCAGUGUGGUCUGCUGACUGUAUUAUUUGAGUUGAGCAUAAAUGUACGCAUAAUUCAGCUAGGUCUUUCAUUUAUUGCUGAACAAACCAGAGCAACUUUUGUGGCUCGCCUCUGUCGUCUACUGUUGUGGAGCCAAAGGCAAAGCGAGGAAGGGAAUCAAUCCAAGCAGCGUCAACAGUGAAUCUUUCUUGCGAUGUACCAGUUGUGACUCCAUUUAAUACUUUGCUCUAUGCUAUUAUUGUUAUUAAUUCUCUUUUUUGCUUUGUUCUUGCGUUGCUCGCGAUUUUCCAUUUAACUUUUGGUUCCUCAUUAUUUAGAAAAGUUUUGGAAAAAAGAAGACAUUGUUUGUUAUUUUUUAAUAGAGGAAGCCAAUCAGAUUAUGUUAAAGCUAGGAACAACAACAACAGUGGCUUUGGUUAGGUGUUAUUUAUAUUAGCUUUGAUGCACUUAUUUAAUGCCUACGGCGACACUGAAGCUGACCGGCGAACAGUUAUUGUUGCUUCAUCUGUCUUCCUCCUUAUCACUCACCCCGCUCCCCCUGGCCCACACACCGACUACUCUUUCCUAGCCGCCGCUCAUUUCUAAUAGCUCCACUCCCCUACCCCUCACCCUAACUUUAUUGCGUCAAUUUCGCCACACAAUUUGAUAAAUUUUCUUGUCCUAACAAAAUACAAAAUAUCGGCCUCAUCCAGCUAGUGACAAAUACCCAACAACUGACCACAUUAUCUAGAAUCUGAGACACUUGAAACAAAGGUAAAUGCUAUCUUAUCUAGACGACGCCGGAAAACUUAUUGGAGCUACGAGUUCGUUACUAUCUUCAUUGUCGUUAUUUUGCGUUUCUUGAGUAUGAUUCCAAAUAAGAUUCACUUUUAUUGAAAAAGAGAUUACUGAACAAUCAACUUGAAUGGGAAUCAAACUUCUGAUAUAUUUGCCCAAGUUUAACACUAAAAAAUCCCAGAUUAUUAUUUUCCCACAAACAAGAAAGCAAUGUAAUUGCAAAAGUUUUGAUGAGUAUCUGGCGGACUAAGAUGAUUUUCAUUUACAAAGUGCUUCUUAUCUCAAAACAGUUAUCAGGCUUUUCAUAGACCAAGCAUAGUGAAAAACUAAUUUAAUCCGUCUGUAAUUUGUUUGUUUCUGUCGUAUUUCACAUUAAACGUAUCAUUUGGCUAAAUCAGCGAGCUGUUUUCUAAUUCUUCGAGCAUUUUAACGUUAUUUAUACGAUUCACAAUCCUUGGUCACUGACGAUCGCUGAUCAGAAUAUCCGAGAUGAGGCUUUCAAGCGGUCCUGUUACUAGUGAUCGUACAGUAGCGAUAACCAUAUUUCUGGUUGGGCUGGUUUAUUUGUGCACGCCCGUGGAAUCAUCAGAAAAGAGCAGCAACUUAGCCCGACUGGAAAAGAGGGCGGAGGUGCAGGGCAAUGCGAACAGACUGAUCGACUAUUUGUUCAACAACUACACCACACUCAUCCGCCCCAGAAUCAACCAGAGCGACAAUGUCAGAGUGCAGUUCGACAUCGCCAUGAAGCAGGUCAUCGACGUCGACGUUAAAACACAACAAAUGACCCUGUUUCUGUGGCAACGCCAGACCUGGGUAGAUGACUUUCUGGCCUGGAACCCGGCAGACUUCGGGGGCAUAGAUCAGCUGUUCAUCAGUCCCACGAAGAUAUGGGUAAGUGACGUCAUCUUCCAGAACAGUGUUGACGAGUUCGAACAGCUGAAGGACACGACCAUCAUCAAAGCACUGGUGCUGCACAGUGGCCAAGUGUACUUCUUCAGACCCACUCUGAAGUCCACAACGUGUAAGAUGUCAGUCAGGUACUUCCCAUACGACUCCCAGGUGUGCUCGUUUCAAGUAGGGUCCUGGAUGCUGAGUGAGGACCAGGUAGACAUCCAGAUACUCGCCUUUGACUCGGCAGUAUCUGGCUUUGUCACGCACCACGAGUGGCACCUGGCAGAACGCAGCACUUUCCGCUGCAGUCUCACUCUCCCUGUCAAUGUGGGCACUCUCCAGAAGAACAUGACCUUUCCCUUUCUGGAGUUCCUUUUUCUGUUCCAGAGGAAACCAGAAUUCUUCGAAAAGAACCUCAUCGUGCCCACCGCACUCAUCUGCGCCCUCAGCAUCGUGGCGUUCUUGCUGCCGAAUGAGAGUGGGGAGAAAAUAGGCUUCUCAAUCACGGUGUUCCUGUCUCUGUGUGUUAAUCUGGUCGUCAUAACCAGCUACGUGCCAGCCAGCUCAGAAUCAUUCCCCAUCAUAGGACAGUACUACCUGACGUGUAUCUUCCUUGUGGCAGUAUCCAUAGUGCUGACCACGUGCAUUCUCUCAGUGCACUACUUUGGAGAUCAGUACUUCAUCAAGCCCCUGCCGAAGCCAAUCAAAAAAGUUUUCUUCGAAGUAUUGGGACCCCUAGUCGGCAUGCAAUGUCUCAAACUGUGGUCUUCGUGUGUUCCACCUGCAUCCAGCGUAUUACCCGCUGGCAGCAAGAGAAAGACGCCAAUCAACAUCAAUUUGACACAGACCUGGAAAAACCAUAAGAGCCAGACCAACAGCAAAACUGGAAUGCAACGGAAGAACAAUGGCAGGGUGCCUUCUUUCAGUGGCGGAGGAGCGCGAGCUAAGAACUCGGCCACUGUUUUGAGAAACUCGAAGGUAUCUUCCACUACCAAUCAUUUCGACCCGCUUUUGCAAUUGAACUCAACAUCUUUCUACAGCGAAAACAAGUAUCCGACAACAAGAUCCAACCCAUAUACCUCAUCGCCCGACAAACGGUCAGGAUCCGCAAGUCACGACAUGAUAUCGCAUGUGGACCCACAAACACCUGAGAGUAAUCACCAGCCACCGAAACAGAAUAAGCUCACAAACUCAUGCAAUCAUUCAUCUUCGGCAAUGUACAUUUCUUCGAGUAAUAGCAAAAACGCCCACAGUACUGCUCCCUUUCUCGAUGGAGCAGAAAAUCAGAUUGAGAUCGCAAAUGUAACUUCAAGUUUCCUUGUGCUGCCACAACAGGACGGGAGUGUGUCUUCCGGAAGUGUGGAGCAGGAGCUAAACGUCGUCUCUCAUCACACGAGGGCACGGUUUGGCAUAGCUGGCACAAAGAGCCAACGCAGAUCAUCUUUUACUGAGAGAUCGCGAUCAGUUUCCCCGGUAACUAUUCUGGACGACACGAACCAUUGCGACGAUGUCACGGGAAGACUUCCGUGUGCAUUUAGUGGUCUGGUUUCGUCUUUUGAUGACUUGAAGCGAUCCCUGGUGAAAAUAGAGCAUUACCUGGAGACUGUUGCAAAGGCGAACGAGAAGAAGAAGCGAAAGUGUAUCACGAUUGAGGAGUGGAAGCUGUUGUCGCGUAUACUGGACAGGAUCUUCGCCGUGGCUUAUGGACUAACUACCCUUCUGUUGACCUGUUACUUCUUCGUACAGGCCAAGAGUGGACAGGUGGAGCUUGCCAAGGAGUGCAUCUACUCGGACUGAUCUCUUUCCCACCUCAGAGAAGAACACAAAACAAAGAAUAUAACAUCACUCCCUUCUAGGCAAACACCGAAGCAUAAUUUGUCAUCAGAUGUGAAUCAUCACAAUCCCGGCCGCCAGUCUUAGUCAGCCAUGACAUGAAGACAUUUGAACAAAUGGCUGACAAUAAUUCAAAUCAUGAAGAAAGAAAUGUUACCAGAGAAGAUUAAGAAAAGUGUUAUGACGUUGUAAAGUUCGGAAACUGCAACCAAUAAUUGGCAAAAAAAGAUGCUUCUCGUUGUUUUAGAGUCGGGCUGAGACAUUCUCUGACAUUGGCUCCAAAAAUUGCUUUUUUUUGUCUUAAAAAAGCUCCUACUUAAAAUUAUUCUUGGUUAAAUCAGGUGAUUUGUGGCUACUUCUGGAUCAUUUACAAUUAUUAUACAUUUUUAGAGAAGUUUGUUGGCGGACUUUGUCGAAGGUGGUUUCAUAAAAUCAGAUGUUCAGAAUUUGGAAAUAAAAUAGUUGUCGAACUGAAGUCUAUAUAAAUAGAUAAAUAUUUUGAUAGAAUUUAUUUAAUUAAAUUUAUCUCAGCUGAGAA